ACCCUCGCACAUAAAUCCGCACACACGCACAACUGCCCACAUCACAUUUGCAUUGGUCAUCGAACUCCCCACCGAAUCACUGAACAAAAGCAGCUCAAACUGGUUUUCGUAUAUUUUUCGACAUUAGCCGUCUGCCGGUGCUGUUUCCUGUGCGAUUCUUAUGAGCCUAUAAAUUAGUCUGGGCAUUAUGACGGGCGAUUUUCAGGCGAAUCAACACAAAAAGCCCGUUAAUAACUAUAAACGAAACCGGCGUAAAAAAUGCGCCGAUGUCGUCUCAUUUCUAGGUAUUUUCGACUGGCAUCAAGACAAUGAUUCAAGGAAUAACUACACGAGAAGGGCUAAAGAUCGUGCCCAGUGGCGUGACUUGGGAGAGGCCUAUGUCCAGCGGUACCCUAGAAGUAAAGUCGAAUCCGUCACGCAGGAGUUGGCCUUCGGCCGCUCUAAGCUCUUCCGUGGGUUUGGAGUGCAUCUGCACUCGCUACCGUUCAGUAAAACUGCCAACUGCGACCAACAGCAUUAGAAUAGUUCGACAAAAAAGCUAAAUACUAUAUUAUACUAUGCAUAACAGAACCAAGAAACAAAAUGUAAAUCUAAAAAUGUUUUCAAACAAAAUAUAGCU